AUGCUCUCGAUAAUAUUGCUGUUGAUGCAGCUAGUCGCUGCUGAUAUAGCUGUUGUGGGUCCGUCACUGGACCAAUCCUUUGAUGCUUCUGGAGGUACUGCAAAGAUACCUAUACAAUGGCUGUUCACGCCCAACACGCCUUCGCAGGAUGAUUUCACGUCGCUGACAUUUUCGCUUUGCUCGGGUCCCAACUACAAGAUUGAGGCUUUCAAAGUGAUUGGGAAGCUGUCGGACAUAGGCACUACGGACUUCGAAGCUGAAGUGUCGCAGAGUGUCGGUGCCAACGGUUACUACUAUGUACAGAUAUACGCUGCUACCACGGACGGUUACACGAUACACUACUCCCCGAGGUUUAAACUGACUGGUAUGACCGGCAGUAAACUGCCGGACACAUUGCUAAUAACUGCACCACCGACUCCUGAAACCCGUGUCACCACCGGUGACCUUGGUGCCACCAUCGAUUCAAAGAGUUUCGACAUACCUUACGGGGAACAGAACGGAAAGGCUAAAUUUGCGCCAAUGCAAACGCAGCCCGGAACUAAGAUUACUGCUACCACUUGGUCCAGAAGGUACGCCACCAGUGCAGUGUCUUUCUUUACUUCUCUAACUGCAACACCUGUGCAACACACCACUUUGACACCAGGCUGGUCUUACUACAUCUCUUCCGACUAUAACUAUGCCCCUCCCGCGCCAUUUCCUUCAGAUAAUGGUGGCUGGUACGACCCGAAGAAGAGACAGUCUUUCACCACAAGGAAACUUAACAUGGACAAACUAAGGAAAAGAAGGCAAACAAGUUAA